GCUGGAAUGUUGCCUGAAGCUUCAACACAGAGAGAGAAAGAGAGAGCAAAGCGGCACUGUGCUUCUCUGGGUCAGAUGCAACACAUGGAAUAAGCGGAGAACACAACACUGGUCAGAACAGAAGCUGCAGGAUUUGUCGAUGAAGAAGCGGAGAUCAUUCUCCCAACUUGACCAGCUUGGAGGACACCUCGACCCAACUGGUCCCUUCAAUCUGUUGACAUGAGAAGAGAUCGGCUUCUGGUGGCCGUCACUUUGGUCACCCUUUUGGCAGCAGACAUCCAUUUCAUCCUGCUUCCCAGACUCAGAACCUGUUAUCAGCUGCCCAGAGAAAGCUGCUCGUGCACCGACAGCAGCCUGGAGAACGGAGCCGCUGCGACCGUCCCAUGGACCACGAGCCAGAAUAUGACCGAGCGAGGCUCUAAGCUGGAGCGGCUCUUUAGACACCCGCUCUACAACAUCCGUCUUCCAGAGCUGGGGCCCGAGGAGCGGCUGCUGCAAGAAGACGAGCUCAUGAACAACUGCAAGAGGAAAGUGAGCCGCUGGGAAAGACUGAAGAAGAUCUACAUCGAGGCGGCCGCAGCUUCAAACAUCACUAUACCCGAUCAUCCCGUGACCUUUGACCCCGAGGCCAGCUGGCUGCAGUUCCAUCUAGGGAUCAGUCGGUAUGCGCUGUAUUCAGGAGACGACAGCAGCAUCGACAGACUCCUGCGAGACAUGCAGACAGCCCCCGUCAUCAGCGCAGAUUUCACUCAGGAUCAGAAAGCGCUGAAGGGUGCAUGCGACUGCUCACAAGUUUUGUGCAGAGUGCUGGACUUCCGGAGAGUUCCACCGGUGACGGGACGCUUCAUCAACGUGACGGGAGAAAUUCUGUACAUAACACACAAUGAAGAACUGCGCAGUGUGUUCUUCACCUCUCCAGCCAACAACACAUGUUUCUUCGCCAAGUGUUUAUACGUGUGUAAGUCGGAGUAUGCGGUGUGUGGUCACCCGGAUCUGCUGGAGGGCUCCAUGUCUGCUUAUCUGCCGGGUUUGAGCAUCGCGCCUCGAAUCUCCAUCCCAAACCCCUGGAUCCGCGCCUACAGUUUCACCGGGACAGAGGAGUGGGAGGUCAACCCGUUAUACUGCGAUAACGUCAAAAAACUAUAUCCCUACAACUCUGGGAACAGACUGCUCAACAUUAUCGACAUGGCGAUAUUUGACUUUCUCACAGGAAACAUGGACAGACACCACUAUGAAGUUUUCACCAAGUUUGGAGAUGAUGGUUUCCUGCUCCACUUAGACAACGCCAGAGGAUUUGGCCGGCCUUCUCGUGAUGUGGUGUCCAUUCUUGCUCCGUUGACCCAGUGUUGCAUGAUCAAGCGCUCCACGCUGUUCAGACUGAAGCUUCUGGCGCAGUCCGAGUACCGUCUGAGCGACGUCAUGCGGGCAUCCCUCUCCAGAGACCCUCUCACGCCAGUCCUGACUGAGGACCACCUGCAGGCCUUGGACCGCCGGCUGGACCAGGUGCUCAGGACGGUGGGAAAGUGUGUGAAGAAGCUGGGAGAACCACCAGUGGUGAUCACAGACUUUGUAGAGUCAUCCAGAGUAACUACAAGCAACAGGUGACAGAACGAGAAGAGCCAGGGUUUGAGGAGAUAUCAGCGAUCCACUGUGUUACUGACUGUGUACUUUAUGAUCACUUCCAGACUAAGCCACUGAACUAAAUCAGACCCUGUUGUGCAAAAUCAUGGCAUCUAAAGACAUCAGGAGGAAAAAGUAUUUGUAUUUCUGAUAAAUGCUCUGGGGCUGUGUCAUAUUAUUAGUCUUAAUUGUCAAAAUUGACCAAAAGGUCAAAAUUAUGAGACGAAAAGUCAAAAUUAU